UAUUACAUGAGUAGUUAUUAAUAUGCAUGAUGGCGCACGUUGACGGACCGUCCGUCGCCAGCUAUCCAGUGGCAUAUGGCACGUUCAAUAGUGCAAUAGUCCCUCAACGGUGAAGGUAUAAACACGGUUUCCAAUAUUCAGGCAUGUAUAUUGCACUUUUGAACCCUGUUGUUUACAUCAGUGAGUGUUGCAAGGCUGCAUGCGUCUGGAAUUCCCAACGUGAGUCAUAGCUGAUUCGCAUAUAAAGCCUGAAGUCUUUUAUAUUCAAUACGUCUCCGUAUAUUGACUUUGUGGUGGGCAUGUUAUAAAUAGACUUUCCUACGGAGAUCUAGUGCUGCCGUUAGAGUCGGUGAGAUCCUGGCAUAGUCAUCGAUGCCUUACACGUACGAUGUUUGCAACCUGAGUGACAGUUCUUGGGCUCCGUAGCGGCAAAUGCCCCAUAUGCUUAUUAGUUAUGCCAUGGAGGAAUGGUUAUGCACACAAGGUUGGAGCAUCCAUAUAGAAUGCUCUACUUCCACUGACAUAAUGACAACUGGAAAUGCACAUAGGUUUGCACUGCAGCGUACAGUAUGCUUCAAGUAACCGUCAUCUGUGUACUUCUUGUAAAGCAGAUACAUACUGCACAAGGCCUUGUUUUUGACAGGACUGUUACAGUAUAGUAUAUUCUCAUCCGAAUUUAUAUACUGCAUGACUUUGAAGCGGAGGGGAGCUGUAUAGAUGACAGCGACAAUGUCUGCUAUUAUGGAACCUUGGAUGGAAUCAUCAAAUGCCAUGGAGGAUGAACUACAACUCGCCUUCCAACUGCAAUCUUUAGACGAUGCGGCGACGGAGUUCGUGCGCUGUCGACAGAACACGGUCAAAGUUCUGCGAGACUUGGUGGCGUACCUCACCAAACACCACGCCAAUGCUCAAACAGCCAAGGUUGUUGGUAGUACAGCCGGACUUGUAGGUUCUGGUCUAACAAUCGGUGGAUUCGUAGCGGCGUUCUUUACCUUCGGAGCGUCUCUCGCCAUAUCAGCCGUCGGGGCAGGCAUUGGAGCCGCCGGUGGACUGACCACAGUCGGAGGCAUGGCCACGGAAGCCAUCACCUCCAAAAUAACAGAGAAGGGGGUUCAGAAAGCACUCGAGGAUGACAACACAGCCUAUCAGAAAUUCCUGGAGGCUCUGGGGAGAUUGAAGUCAACCUGGGAAGACAUGGGCGCGGCAGUGAUGGGUGUGAGGUCUGCUACUGUGGUCGGGCACGGGCUUGGGGUAGUGGGAGGGAUGGUGGAAGCGGGCGCCCAGGCAGCGAGCGUGGGGAAGGCAGCCGGUCAAACAGCUUUCAAGACGGCCUCGGCCGCUGGUCGGGGCCUGGCCAUCACCGGUGUGGUCUUCAGUGUCGUUGCCAUACCCAUCGACCUGUACACGCUGGUGACCUCGGCCGAGAACAUCAGCAGCAAGACAGUGCCUGAACUGGCCAAGGAAAUCGAGAAGAUUGCGGAGGAGCUUCCUUGUCCAUCCUUGGAUGAAAUGAAGGAGUGUGUGUUUAAGCUGAGAGAUGAGUAUAAUGUGAACACGGAAGAAUGACAGUGGUGACAAAAACAUCUCCAGGUUGGAGCCGGAUCGGAGCUGCUACACCCCAACGACGAUUUCUUUUCUCACUCUAUUGAUGUUGGGAGCAUUAUAAGGACACCGUUGACAUUAAAUGAUCAUCAAUUCAUGCCACUGUGCAGUUUUAUUUCCUCUCCCACAUCGGCGGGUUCAGGAUUUGCCAAGGGGGUUGGGGUGUUUAAAUCCAUGAUCUUUGAAGAGGAAAGGGGGAGAUGCAGCUGUUCUGUCAACGCGUAACAAGAAGCAAGGGGAAAAAAAAGAUGUGCAAUACUGAGUAAUGACGGUACUUACGGAAUAAGGAAGUUUCAGACUUUUUUUCCAUAUGUAAAUUAUUAGCAUUGACCAGUUGGAGGGAAGGGUGCUAACCAUCCCUUUUCCGUUCCCUUAUUCGUAAACAAAAAUAAAAAUGUUUGUUUAAUUGUGUUUAAUUGCUGUGACUUCAUUGAAGGCACACACUCGUUUGUUAGUUUGCAGUUCAACUGAUUGAAUCCACAAAUUUGCUGAGCUAGAAAAGAUCUGUUCAUAAAGUUUGUUCAUUCUGACUAUUGUAGCAACUUUGGGUGCUGAAGAAGCCGUACGUUACAUUAAAUGUUCUGCCUGGAAAGACAUAAUGGCUUUGCUCAUGAAUAUGGAAAUUCACAAACCAAAAAGGUACAAAGACUCCUUUGAAAUCGGCAAAUCGGAGUUUUGCUUUUAUUUCAAAGUAUAACCUAGUGAAUUAUUAUCAAGAAGGCUUUAUAGAUGAAAGAUAGUUCUAGUGCUAAAAACCUCGUGAAAUUAUUCUUACUGGCUUGCUCUCAUUUAGAAGAAGUCCAAACAAUGUAGCCUAUACCUAGGUGAUUGAAAUAUAGAGCUCCGUGUAGACGAAAUCGUGUUUCGUGAUGAAAAGUUUUUUCAGUUUUUUCUCUCGUUUUUUUUCAUUAAAGGAUGACAUUAACACAGUCUGUUACGUACACACUGUUAUUUAAUUAAGAUGAGGGAGUUGAAUCCUUGAACCACUGACGGACUACAUUAAAUUGCAUCUCAUAUAACUA